AUGUCGCUCUUUGCGCGGCGGAACGUGAAGAAGAGCAGCAGCCGCAAGGCCACGCUGGAGGAGGAGGAGGCCGGAGGAGCGAAGGGAACGCGGUCGGACGCCGCAGACCGGUCUUCCGGAGUCGCCCCACCCCGGACUUCGUUUCCUUCCUCGUCUGUCUCCACGGCGUCUGCGACUGGGUCUCUGCGAAAAGACGCCUCGCCUCCCUCAGCUGCCGCUCGCGCGACGGCCUCUCAGAUCCGCGAGCAAGCGGCUGUCGCGGCGGCGCGUUCGCAUGCGUCUUCUGCCGUGGCGGCUCGGGCCUCGUCGGGUUUCGCGUGUCCCGACGCUUCGCCGGGACUUCAGUCUGGAGUGUACGCGGACUUGUUCGACGCGCACCACGAUGACGAGGGAACAGGCUCGGUCCGUCCUCAGAGCGGCCGAGCGACCUCGGCGGGAGUGGGUACGCCGCGCCAGGUGUUUGGCGGCAGCUCCUGCGUGGCGGUAAGCCGCGUCGACGACGCUUCGCGGCGUCCAGUGGGUGCGUCGACUCGGGGGGGGUUAAGUUUCUCGGGACUCGACGAGGAAGAAGACGAGGGCGCGUUCUUCAAGGUGAAGAAGAGCAAGGCGAGCAAGCGACUCCAGAGAGAGAAGGAACGCGAGGCGCGCACAGACAACCUGGACCGAUUUGAGCGCGGAGAGGGGGUCGCCCACAGCGCAGACCAGGCGCGGAACGCGCCGGCGUCGAGUGGCGAGGCGAAGAGCAAGGUUGUUCUCCAGGCGACCGGUUUGCGGCUUCUCGUGCACCAGACGCACCUUCAGAGAGAGUUCGCAGGCACGGACCCAGGCGACAGGCCGUCUCCAAGUGAACGGCCGACGGACAAAGACGGCCAAGAGAGGGUCGCGGCUCGAUCGGUCUCCGCCAAGCGACCGGGAGCGUCUCCCCAAAGCAGCGCCGGGGGACAGCCGGAUCGGGCCCAGGGGGACUGUCGGAAGAAAGACGCGUCUCCGCUUCCUCCCGGCAGUUCUGGACCCGAGAGGAUUCUCUCCCUGGCCGAACUGGAGGAGGCGGAGGCGCGCCACGGCGCGGGCCGCCGCGCACGGGGUGGUUUGUCAGGCGCGCGUGGCGCCGGGCGAGGCGACUGUGCGGACGAGGACGACGUCGCGUCCAUCGCGCGCCUCGCGCGGGCGCAGAGACAGAGAGCCCGCAUGAUCGAGAAGGGCGAGCUGAUCCCUGCGGACUCGGCCGCCGCGCUCACCGGCGAGUGGGGUACAGCCGUCCGCCUGAAGAGACGCCAGCAGCAGCAACUCGAACCGCUGCGUUCGUGGCGCGACGGGGGAGACGAGGCGCCAGACGAAGACGAGGAGGAGCGGAGGCAGAGCGAGGACGAGGACGACGAGGAAGAUCCUGCGGCGCGACUGAAGGAGCAACUGCAGCGGCUGAAGGUGGCGGAGGCGGAGGGCGGUGAGGCGCAGAACGAGGAGGAAGAGGCGUGGGAAGCGUGGGAGAGAGAGAAGAUUCUCAAGGGCGCGGGAAGGAAACACCUGCUGCGCCAACAGCAGCUCAUGGAGCGCCGGCAGCAAGAGCAGCAGGUGUACCUACAGCAGCAACUCCUGCAGGGGGGUUGGGCGCCCACGGAGGCGCUGGAGCAGCAGCUGUUCCUGCUGCAACAACAUCAGCAUCAGCAGCGCCUCCUCAAACAGCUGUCCAAUCCCCACGAGCCGGACGCGCCUCGCGAGGCAGACGUGUCGGGCGUCGUGUCUCCGCCGCCGGCGACCGCGUUGGGCUCCGACAGUCCCGGCGGGGCCGAUGGGGCCGGGGCGAGCCUGAUUGAGGCGCCGACGAGUGCGGCGUGGCUGACAGAAGUGUGGGGCGCCGAGGGCGCAGACGCGCAGGCGCGCGCCGCGCUGGAAUGGCUGAAAGAGGAGAGUCAGCAACUGCGUCAGUUGGAAGAGGCCGAGGAAGCGCAGAAGGAAGAGCGGCGCCGACAGCGCGCCGGAGCGGCCGACGAGCUCCGGGUGCUCGAGGUUCGGCAGCUGGCCGUCGGGAAGCGUCUCGACGACUUGCAAGACUUUCUGAUUUUCGUCGAAGACCUGGCAGGCUUCAUCCUCGCCAAGGAAGGCGCCGUGCAGCAGGCGCAAGAGACGAUUGAGGAGAUGGAGAGAGAAGUCGCGGACAGGAAGGUCGAGCGCCGCGUGCUCGAGUUCGAGGACUUGCGCCGCGCGUUCCGGAGGGCGCGGAGAGGCGGGUCCGCGGACUCGGAGAGUUCCAGCGAGAGCGACUCCGAAGACGUCGACGAGUUCGGGCGGAGCCGGAAGUACACGCAGAAGCUGCAGCGCAGCGACCGGACGAAGGCGCGCCGUGCGCGGCGCCUCGCGCGGCGGCAGGCGCGGGCGGCCGCAGCCGUCCAGGACGGAUCGGCUGCGAGUCCCGAUUUCGCCGGCGCGGUGCGUCGGAUCCGCGAGGCAGCCGCGCGUUCGUCCGGAGACGCGAAUCCAGACCGAGGGACUGCGGCUGUGGGGCCGAUCGGGAGCGAGAGCCUCUGGCGGGUCCUUGGGGAGACGCUCGCGGAGGGGUGGGAGACGAGUGAAGACGACGAAGAGGAUGUGCACCGGCUGAAGAAGGACCGGAGCAAGUUCAGCGCCGCAGCCCGCGAGGUCAUGGAGGAUGUCGCAGACGCGUUCGUCUCGGUCGCGUCGAUUCUGGAGGAGGCCGAGAAAAUGAAAAAGUGGUGUCGCGCCGAGUUCGCGCGACUCCGGAUCCUCGAGCAAGUCCCAGACAUGAUCAAGACGCAGGUCCGGUGGCAGCUGCUGUGGUGGAGCCCGAUGGCGAUCGCGGCUUCCGCGGGCGAAGCCAAGGGCGGAGACAAGGCGCCGUCCUGGGUCUGCGAGGCCUCCCUCGAGAACUUUGACUGGUUUCUAGAACUCGGACUGUUCAUCGACAAGAUGGACGAACUGAACGCGGCGCAAGACGCGCCGGCCAAGGAGAGCAAGACGGCAAAGGGGAGCAAAGACGGGAGCGAGAACCCUGCAGAUACGUCUGAUCCGAGCGCCGUGAUGUCCGAGGUCGUGAAGCUGUGCGUCGUGCCGCGAGUUGCAGCGGCGCUCAAGUGUACAGACAUCACGUCCUUCACCUCGGUUAACCGGGCUGCGCAACUUCUCGGAGAGCUGUUACUCUUCAGAGAUGAGAACUCGCUGCCGCACCUCACGAAAGUGCUCCAGGACUUCGUGGCCUUUGUCAUGGUGCAACUCUCGGCUCUUUUGCCAGUCGAAUUCGUCAAGCAGGUUGUCGCGGAUCCCGGCGUUUCGCUCUCUGAUCAAGGCCCCGGAACCGCGAGCAAAAGCGGCGGCGAAGUGACUACCCAGGAAGAGGCAAUGGCCGCCAAGGAGGUCGUUGAGCUGUUCCUCCACCGCGCACUCAAAGUCGCAGGGUGCUGUACGUGCCUGGUAGACAUUCUCAGCGACUCUCUUCUCCUCCACAUUUGCAUGCAGGAGAUCUUCGUGGAUCGCAUCAAACCACUGCUUCCGAUUCUGCCGUCCUCGCAGCAGCUGGUGCUGCUCGGCGCCUUCAUUCACCUUCUCCCCCUUCGCUGGGUGAUUCAAGAAACCGCUGGGGAGAACGGCGCGACUUCAGGGCGCAUGCAACAGCUUCUGGGCGCCGUCGUCGAGCUCGGCGAAGCGGUCGUGGACGAGGCAGAACGCGCUGAAGUGUUGCUGCUGCUCAAGAAACUUUCCCCGCAAGAGGAAGCGGAGAAGAUCCAGCGCGUGUUCGAACAGCGUCGUGGCCAGAGAAACCCUCAGCAGUGA